AUGCCGGCGGUGAUGGCCGGCGUCGACGGCGGCGGUCGAUCCCUGGAUUGCCGCAGCUUCUGGAAGGCCGGCGCCAGCGAGGGCCCCUCCGCCCCCAUCCGCGAGUUCCACGAUGCGCUGGAGACAGGGGACUUCGACCGCGCCCGCGUGCACCCCAAGUUCCUCCACACCAACGCCACCUCCCACAAGUGGGCGUUCGGAGCUAUAUCUGAACUUCUUGACAAUGCGGUAGAUGAGAUCUGCAAUGGUGCCACAUUCAUAAAAGUGGAUAAAAGCACCAACACGAAAGACAACAGUCCAAUGCUAGUUUUUCAAGACGAUGGAGGAGGAAUGGAUCCCGAAGGGGUGCGCCAGUGCAUGAGCCUAGGAUUCUCAACCAAAAAGUCAAAGACAACCAUUGGCCAGUAUGGAAAUGGCUUUAAGACAAGCACAAUGAGACUCGGUGCUGACGCAAUUGUUUUUACUCGUGCAAUACGUGAAAGUAAAGUUACCUUGAGUAUUGGUUUGCUCUCUUACACUUUCCUGAGGAGAACAAUGAAGGAUGACAUUGUUGUCCCCAUGCUUGAUUUUGAGGUCCAAGAUGGCCAAAUAGCACCUUUGGUUUAUGGUUCACAGGGUGAUUGGGAUAGUAGCCUAAAGAUAAUACUUGACUGGUCCCCUUUUUCUUCGAUGGAAGAACUGCUACAGCAGUUCGAGGAUAUGGAUAGUCAUGGAACCAAGGUGGUGAUAUACAAUUUAUGGAUGAAUGACGAUGGCCUUUUAGAACUUGACUUUGAUGAUGAUGACGAGGACAUAUUGCUUCGGGAUCAAGGUCAAAACAGUGGGGCGUCAACGAAGAUUCAAAAAGAAAUUAUUCAGCAACAUAUAUCUCACAGACUGAGAUUCUCAUUACGUGCAUAUAGCUCCAUCCUUUACCUCAAGAAGUUUGAGAACUUCCAAAUUAUACUAAGAGGAAAGCCUGUCGAACAGAUAAACAUUGCCAAUGAGCUGAAGUUUAAGAAAGUAGUUACUUACAAACCUCAAGUUGCCCAUGAUUCUCAAGUGGUGUCAGUGAAGGUAGAUAUUGGCUUUGCAAAAGAGGCUCCUGUUUUGGGCAUUUUUGGGAUUAAUGUCUACCAUAAAAAUCGAUUAAUCAUGCCAUUCUGGAAGGUCCUUCAAGAAGCAUCUAGUAGAGGGAGAAGUGUUAUAGGUGUACUUGAGGCAAAUUUUAUUGAGCCGGCACAUGACAAGCAAGAUUUUGAGAGGACUCCACUGUUCAUUAGGCUGGAAACAAAACUGAAACAAAUUAUCGUUGAUUAUUGGAAAGAAAAGUGUCAUCUAAUAGGUUACCAGCCAAUCGAUCCGAAAUUGAGAUCCCAGUAUAAGGCUGCUCUUAAAGAUUCGGGCGGCCCUAGUGUGAAGAUUCGGCAUGAAGCUUCCACUGCUCAGAAGACUGGAGGGCACCUCUCAAAUUUGCUCCCACAGACAUAUGAUGAUGAAGCAGCUUUUAGACUGACAGCUAACAGGGCAGGUUCUGCUUUGCAUUCGUCUGGCCAAGGUAGUAUGGACUCAGCAGGCUUGGAAGAGGAUCUGGUAGAUAUUGGCUCUCUUGGUGUUCUUGAUCCCAGUUGCAAUGAGAAGUUGAGUGAAGAAAAUUUGGUUCUGUUCACAAGGCGUGAAGAUCUUCGGCAACGAGAUACACAGUUGAAGCAGACGAUUGGUGAGCUGGAGCAUGAACUAGAGGAAACAAGAAGGAAGUGCUCUCAGCUCGCAGCUGAGCUGCAGUUGCGGAGGAGUCAGCAACAACGUUACAUGUGA